AUUAUAUUUUAUUUUAUUUAGCAUCGUUUUUCAUUCAGGCAGUAACUACUAUACCACCACUCGGGCAUAUUCUCGGGCACCUACAGGUCCUUCUUCCUUUUCCUCGUCCCUGAGCGAGCCGACGCCAAGAUGAACGAGACCGUCACCGUCAGGACCAGAAAGUUCAUGACAAACCGGCUGCUUCAAAGGAAGCAAAUGGUUGUCGAUGUCCUGCAUCCAGGCAAAGCAACAGUCCCCAAGACAGAGAUCAGGGAGAAGCUUGCAAAAAUGUACAAAACCACCCCAGAUGUGGUGUUCGUCUUCGGCUUCAAAACUCAGUUUGGCGGUGGCAAGACAACAGGGUUUGGCAUGAUCUACGACUCGUUGGACUACGCCAAGAAGAAUGAGCCCAAAUACAGGCUGCAAAGGCAUGGCCUUUAUGAGAAGAAAAAGACAUCUAGAAAACAACGCAAGGAACGCAAGAACAGAAUGAAAAAAGUUAGAGGCACUAAGAAAGCUUCUGUUGGUGCUUCUGGCAAGAAGAAGAAGUGAAAGACUUGAGGUUUCAGAAGUAAGACCUUCAGGGAAGACCAUCGGCCUGAAAAUGUUCUUGUAGAUUGUCAACAAAUAAAUUCUUUAAAAAAAAGUGGA